AUGCGAAUCAUACGGGCGGGACUCCUCGGAGCACAUGUGGUUAACUCGCGCCCGUGCUCCCCCUCCCAUUUUCCCUUUCCCCCAGCGUCGUGCCCCGCAAACGUGGUGUGUCCGACGGGCGCCUCGUGCGUGGUGGACGGCAGCGGCUACCCGUACUGCAAGUGCGCGGCGGGACAGGCCAUCAUCAACGGCGUGUGCGCGCCGACCGCCAGCUGGGCGGAGGUCGGCACCAACGUCGUGCUCUACAACGCCGCCAACUACGCCAACUCGCCCACCACGCUCGGGCCCGCCGUGCUGCGCGGCGCCGCGCCAAACUCGAGCGCGUGCGUGAACCUGUCGGGCGCGUUCAACGGGUCGGUGGGGUCGCUGCGCAUCAUGUGGAACGUGAACGACGGCGUGGCGGACCACCUGGUGUGCGGCAAGCUCUUCUUCUGGGACAAACCCAACUGCUGCUGCUCCGGCUCCGGCUACCAGAUCCCCGGCGGAUGGUCCGCCGCCAACCCCAACAACUUCAGCUACGCCUCCACCAGCGUCAAGACGACGAGCGGCAUUAUUCUGACGGCGAGGUCCAUCUCGUGUCAGGCCGCCAUCGCCACUAACACGUACCCCUGCGCCACCAAGACCUGCCCCGUCAACGCCACGUGCUCCGUCGUCAACGGUGCCGCCGUGUGCACGUGCAACGCUGGAUACAGCAUGGUUGGCGGGCAGUGCGUUGCAACACCGACUGACCCAUGCACGGGGUACACCUGUCCCGCCAACUCAGCAUGCUCCAACGUCAACGGCGUUGCCACGUGCACGUGCAACACCGGAUACCAGAUGGUCAAUGGGCAGUGCGUCGUGCCCGACCCGUGCACGGGGUACACCUGUCCCGCUAACUCAGCAUGCUCCAACGUCAAUGGCGUCGCCACGUGCACGUGCAACACCGGAUACCAGAUGGUCAAUGGGCAGUGCGUUGUGCCGGACCCCUGUGCGACGGCCAACUGUCCGCUCAACUCGGUGUGCUCCAACGUCAACGGCGUCGCCACCUGCACAUGCUCUGCGGGCUUCCAAAUGGUCAACGGCCAGUGCGCCGGUAUGCUCUCCUCCUCCCUGCUGCACCCUGCUGCUCUUUCCUGCCCUCCCCAUCGUUCUUCCUCCCUUCCCCUUUUUUUCGGCAUUCUCCCCCUCGUUCACUGCACCGCCCCUCCACCAUUUUUGAGAUCGUUGCCCCCAUCGGACCCGUGCGCGAGCACCACGUGUCAGGCCAACGCCAACUGCUCAGUCGUCAACGGCGCCGCCACCUGCACGUGCCUUCCCGGCUUUGACCCGGUCAACGGCGCCUGCAUAGUGAUCACGGACCCCUGUGCGUCUACCACGUGUCCCGCCAAGGCCACGUGCAGCAACGUGAAUGGCGUGGCCACGUGUGUGUGCGCCGUGGGCUACACCCUCGUCAGCGGUGCCUGCCAGCCGGCUGCGCCCUGCUCGCUGGUGACAUGUCCGGCCAACUGCACGUGCUCCUCCGCCAAUGGCGUCUCCAAGUGUGACUGCCCUGACCUGUGCUACGGGGUGAAGUGCCCCGACGUGUCCACAUGCACCUACAUGCUCGGCGCACCCGUCUGCACGUGCCCUCCGCCCUACACGCGCCUCAUCGACAACAAAUGCUCCUCCGCAACGUUGGCGAAUUCGGACUAUCUGGACAACCAGAAUGCCGCCAGGGCCGCAGUGGGCGCCAUCCCCCUCGUCUGGAACGCUUCCCUGGCGGCGGAGGCCCAGGCAUGGGCGACAACCCUCACAAACAGCACGUACAACUGUGGGCUGUCGCACGGCGGCAACCCCGGCGAGGGGCAGAACCUGUCGGGGGGCGGGCCGGCCGGCUAUUACUCGAAUGGGGCGGCCGUGAGCUGGUGGGUGGGCGAGGGCGACCUCUACACGUACGCCGUCUUCUCCGGGGGCUGCAGCACCGGCAACUGGGCUGACUGCGGCCACUACACGCAGGUCAUCUGGAACAACACGCGCACCGUGGGCUGUGGCAAGGCCUCGUGUGGCACGAAGGCAGAUGUGUGGGCGUGCAACUACUACCCUCCCGGCAACUAUGGCGGCCAGCUGCCCUAUGUGCAAGACCCGUGCUACCGGGUGGCAUGCCCGUCCACGGCCACAUGCACGGUGCAGUACGGGCAGCCGGUGUGUGUGUGUGGGGCGGGGCAGGUGCUGGUGAACAACGCCACGUGCCAGCCCGACCCCUGCAGCAGCGGCACCAUCACGUGCCCGGGCAACCUCGUGUGUGAUGGCUCUUCUGGCACUGCUCAGUGCGCCUGCCCCACCGGCCUCGUAGCCGUCAGUGCAGAUACCUGCGUCCCGCCGGUGUGUGUGGGGGCGGUGUGCCCAGCGCAGGCGACAUGUGCGGUGGACGGGAGUGGGUACCCGUUCUGCCAGUGCCCCACGGGGUGGUACCUGGGCAGCAACGUGUGUGUGCAGGGCACGCCCGCUGCCGUGUCAGCCACCAGCCUGGCGAUCUACAACACGGCGUCCUACAGCAGCACGCCCCCCGCGUUGGGCCCCACGCUGGUGCGCACGGGGCUGCCCGCCAACUCGUCGCGGGGCAGCUGUGUGGACAUCCCCGGCGGCAUUGCAGCGGUGUCGCUGCGCGUGCUGUGGAACGUGCCGGACAGCAUGGGGGCGCCCAAGCAGUCGUGCGGGCUGCUGUGGUUCUGGACCAGCGCCUCCUGCUACGGCUCUGCCACCGGCUACUACCGCCCUGCCGGGGACGUCACCAACUUCGC